GGGUGGGGAGUUUGGUUUCUUCUUGUGGUUGGGGUGUAAUCAUGUUGCAAUAUAUUCAGUGUCACAUACAGACCUAUCUGAUCCAGGGAGUGAAGCGUUGGGUGCUAUUCAGAAUUCAGAUCACCGCUGGAAAGACGUCUUUGGAUUUGUUUAGAGAGGAAGGUGAACGUUUGUGCGUUGAGAAGAAAUUCCCGUGACAGCACCACGGGAUGGUCAGGCAGCCUGCUUGAGCCCAGAGCUCACCUGUGAAGUUCUUGCUCUUCUUGCUAUGUGAAUGUGUGGUCCCAAACCUGCCUCUUUCUGACACACCACUGGUGCUACUCCCCAGCAGGGAAGACUGGGGUCACCCUGCCAUGCCUCACUCACUGCUUCAGCCAUACAGGUCACAGGUGACAGGGCUUCUUGAGGAGUUGGACCAUUACUCCUCCCUGGCCAAGCUCAUGUCCAUCUACCACACAACUAACAGGAGCAUCUUCAACUGGACAGAGAGCCGCAUUGUUGAGUGGGAGAAAUUUGCUGAGCUGGCUAAAUAUGAGCCAGAAUCCCAGAAACCAACAGUGAAAGCGCUUCUAAUCGUGGCAUACUCAGUCAUUAUCGUCAUGUCUCUCUUCGGGAACAUGCUGGUGUGCCACGUGGUGCUGAAGAACAAGAGGAUGCACUCAGCCACCAACCUCUUCAUCGUCAACCUGGCAGUGUCAGACAUCAUGAUCACACUGCUCAACACACCUUUCACCUUGGUCCGGUUUGUGAACAGCACGUGGAUUUUUGGAAAGGCCAUGUGCCACAUCAGCCGCUUUGUGCAGUACUGCUCCCUCCAUGUCUCCACACUGACCCUCACGGCCAUCGCUCUCGACAGGCACCAGGUCAUCCUGAACCCGCUGAAGCAGAGAAUGUCCCUGACAAAGGGAGCUCUGAGCAUCUCUGUUAUCUGGCUGAUGGCAACCUGUUUCUCCCUGCCCCAUGCUGUCUAUCAAAAGCUUUUCCAGUAUAACUACAGGGAAGCCACUGUCCGGAGUCUGUGCCUCCCUGACUUCCCUGAGCCCGCAGAGCUGGUCUGGAAGUAUCUGGACCUGUCUACCUUUCUCCUUCUUUACCUCCUGCCUCUGCUGAUCAUCACCAUCACCUACAUGCGUCUGGCCAAGAAGCUGUGGCUCCGCAACGCCAUCGGGGACGUCACCACGCAGCAGUCCGUCACCCACCACAGGAACAAAAAGAAGAGCAUCAAGAUGCUGAUGCUGGUGGUGGUGGUCUUUGCAGUCUGCUGGUUUCCCCUGAACUGCUACGUGGUGCUCAUCUCCAGUCUGGGCAUCAAGACAAAGAACUCGCUCUAUUUCGCCCUGCACUGGUUUGCCAUGAGCAGCACCUGCUACAACCCCUUCAUCUACUGCUGGCUGAACGAGAGUUUCCGUGCGGGGCUCCGCUCCCUGCUCUGCAUCUGCCAGAGGGUGCCACAGCCUGGGCACCGGGCACUGCCACCCAGGGCCGUGUCCUGCCGCGAGGCGUGGCUGGAGCAGGCCAGCUGCAGGAAGGGACCUGCCUCCCAGGCCAGCUGCUCCACCAGGAACCUUCCGACAGCCAACACGGACCUGUUUUCCCAUUUAUUGCUAUCAGAGGGAGCAGACCCAGGUUUCUGUCACUGGCCUGUAACACGUGCCAUAAUGUGGGGCUGUGCACAGUGGCAGAAACAAAUCCGUGAUGACAAGUGUUUGAAGGAGGGACUUGGACAUGCAGAUGAACUCCAUCCACAGGGAGCCUCUCCAGCUAGUGUAUAGCAAAGCCUCCAACAGAGUGGGAAUGAAAAGGACAGAAAGGAGGAAGGGUCCUUGCUUCAGGCCACUUGACCCCAGCUGGGCACCUUGGGUGUGCACUGAAGUGCCUGCACCAGAAGAAAACAGCAGAACACAAGGAGUGGCAGCAGGAAUGGGUGAAUACUUCGUCCCUGAGGCACUUUGCUUGGAGCUCAUGGUUAUUGAACAUGGGAAUUCAAAGCUCUCUGUUCUGGUUGCCAGUACUGUCCUCCCUCAGUGUACAGAAGAGUUUGUUUUCAGUGAAAAAACAUCACUGUGAGUUUCUCAAAAUGUUAAAAUAAUCUAUAAUUAAUAAGCAUCACCUCGUUUAAAUAGUAAAAUAAGCUAUCAUUUGUUU